UUCAGCUUAGUCGUCGAUGUCCAGUCGUUCCGGUUAACAGCGGUGUUUCGAUGAAAGUGUUUUAUUUUAUUUGAAAAAUAUCAGAUAUAUACCCGUGCACUGUCCUUUCUGAAAAAAGGAGAAAGAGCGAUGUCGAAAGUAGAGGAAUCAGAUCUCACAGCCGGCGGAGACGCGCCCCCAGUUGAAGCGAUAAAGCCCGAUUGCGCUGACAAUACAGUCGCAAUUAUCGCGGUGAAAAGCACCGAUGUAACGCCGGAAGAUGCAGCCGCAUCCGCGGGAGAAGUUGCAAAAGAGGUAUUAAACGCGCAGGCUGAAACCGAGCGUUCGACAGAAGCAACAAACGACGCGAACAUACCUGUCGGAGAAGAAGUCGCCAAUCCAGAUCUACCCAUUGCAGAGACUAUUAAUAUAGUCACAGAGAUCAUUCGUGCGCCUGCGGAGGACGUGGAUGUGAUGCCAGCCGAGGCGCAAGAGACUUCCACUGAAGAAUCUAUCAGUUCUGCGAUCGUUCUUCAAAGCGAAGAGACGUCACCGUCAAAAUCUGCUAAUGAAGAAAAGGCCGAUACGUCAAAGCAGAAUGCAAAGGGUAACAAUGCGGCGUGCAUAUCCAAAUUGGAGGCGGAAGUGCGGGUGAGAAAAUCCUCCGAGAACGCGGACUGUCCUGAAAGAACCGAAUCACCUCAGCUUGAUAAUGAAGUUGAAUCUCCAAAAAGAACAAUGGAGUGCGACAGUUACCGGAAGAAGUUGGAAGACACGGAGACGAAGCUGGCCGCCUUGCAAACAUCCUACGACGCGAUAAUAAAUCACGGCGGCGACGAGGAUAUUCCUCUGCAACAAUCGGUGGAACAAUUACGCGGACAGCUGGUACAGACGGCACUGAUGUACGAGGAACGUAAUCGCGUGGUCGCGAAUCAGGAGAACCAGAUCAACGCCCUGAACAAUCAGGUGACCUCGUUGAAGGAGGUGGUAUCGAUCACGCGGGAUCUAUUGCAGAUCCGUAACAUGGAGGUGAAACAGCUGCAAGCUGAAGUUGAUAAUAUGGAAAAGAAGAUUUCCGAGGAACGCGAUCGACAUAACACGAUGAUUAGCAAGAUGGACGCGGCGAUGCGGCUCAACGCCGAUCUUAAGAAAGAAUAUGAAACCCAGUUAUCUCUAUUUCAAAGUCUUCGUGAGAAAUACGGCGAGAAAAUCACUCUAUUGACCAAGGAGAAGCAAGCCCUCGAAACGGCCGCCUCUGCACCUGAAUGAAGAUAACUUUCGCAUGCCCUUAAUAUCAUUAAUAGAUGUAUUUGGCGAAUUCUUUUUUAUUUGUCUAUUAUUCAAUGUGCAUUAAUAAAAACUAUAUUUUCUUCGUUGUCAUAUUUGGGUUUUAUUCCAGUAAUGUAAUCAUAAUCAAUUUCGCCAGUAUUCCAAGAACCAAUACUUAAAAAAAAAAAAAAAACGCUAGAUUUGCCAUUCUGGCAAUUUGUGCGAUGGAUGCACGAUAUUGGAAAUGCUACAUCAACACGCAAAACGUAGACCGCACACAAAGUCGUACACUGCUGAAUAUUUACAAUCGUCCUAACUAAAUAACGGUCUAGGGACAAAUUGAAAUAAAAAUUAAAGUUGACGAAAUUAACUCGUAAAAUUAAUUUUCAAGAAUUAAAAUUUCAAAGCUAAACUAUUAGAGCAACAAUUUUCUGUUUUUCGAUAUUAUACUUAAUUCCCAGUCUUAAUUACACUUCUGUGGAGGACAAAUUCGAAAUUAAAAGUAUAAAUAAGAUCGAGCAAAAAAAAAGGUAGUCUAUCUACUUCGACCAUUUCAUUCAUUUUCUGUUAAAUAAAUAAAUAUUUACAAUUACCGUAUAUAUCGUAUGCUUUACGUCACUGUCGAGUCAAAAGGGUAAAUGGCACUACGCAAUAUGUUGCAGAUGAUACGGAGAAAUGAUUUAGCAACGAAAUAAAUGUAAUAAAACGGCGUUAUCGAUUAAUAACAGUGAAAAAAAAUCUUAUCACCGACGUUAUAAAAAGCAGCUCGAAGAACUUACUCCUCAUAAUUUGUGUCUAAAGUGACCAUCGACGAGUGAAGUCACGAAAUAAGAAAGUAUUAUCGCUGGAAGAAAACAGAAAUAGAAAGAAAGAUGAAGACGUUGACAAUAUGCUUACUUAUGUUUUGCAUUGUGGCAGUAUCCUCGAAACCGUGGAUAUGUGGAUAUCAUCCGCUAUCAAGGGGGUAUAUAAGGUGUAUUCAUUCAAACCAACCGCGCUGGGACCGGAUUGACAUAACGAAUGAUAGCCAAGGCGAAGUAAAAAAAGAAGUAGAAGAAGAAGUCAAAGAUUAUAUCAUGCCACCGGAAAUUGAACUUACACCAAUACACAAAUUAACGGAUAACCGUGAUAGAAUCCCGAUAGUAAUCCCGAUACAAAGACGCGUGUUGUAUUCUAGUCGUACUGCUAACGAGGGGAGCGAAGAGAUUAAAGAAACCAAGGACAGCAUGGUAGUUUUGUGAUAGUUACUGGAAAACAAAUUCUCAUCUACAGGUUGAGAGGUAUCAGCACGUUGUACUUUAGCAUACUUUAGUUAGAAAAAUAUAAUAUAUGUACUUUAUUGACAUAAAGCUAAAUCAACCAGUUUGUGAGAAAAAAUAAAUAUUUUAACUUGGAUGAC